ACCAUCAGGGCCCUUCUCAUGGAGGUAGUGAGGGCCAUCAACUCCAUCCUGCUGUGGAGAGUCAUCCGUUUGGGAGAUCUGGAUGUGACCAUGGCCAGAUCUGCUGCCCUGGGGUUCCCGAACUGCGGUGGAGUCAUUGAUGGGACCCACAUUCCAAUUUGUGCACCAGAGCAUCGAAUGGCCCAGUACAUCAAUCGCAAAGGCUACUUCUCAAAGAUGCUGCAGGUCCUGGCCGACCACCGUGGACAGUUCAUGGACAUUUUUGUCAGGUGGUCGGGCAGGGCACACGAUGCCCAUGUCUUCAGGAACUCUAGCCUGUGCAGGAAGCUGGAGGCGGGCACAUUCUUCCUCCGUCGUGACUUUGCAGUUGGGAACAUGCAGAUGCCAUUGUGCAUUGAUGGGGACUCGGCUUACUCCCUGAUACUGUGGCUAAUGAAGCCAUACACAGGCCACUUGGACCCCAGCCGAGACCAAUUUAAUGCCCACCUCAGCUGCACCCGGAUGGCAUGCUUUGCAGAAUAGUUCUGGUUUUCAGGGGCACAGCAGGAGGGAGAGAAACAAAAGGGAGACCAAGCCAGGGAGAGGCUGGUCUGAAAACAGCAGGGUGCUGACUCCAGCUCGGAGAGCUUCUCCCUUCUUGUCCCCUCACCCCACCCCAGCUGUCUGGACAGUGGUGGCCCCUGCUCAGUCCCAGCUGCCCUGCCAGGAGG